CCUUUGCGUGUCACAUAGUUCACGCGAUAAGGAUUUAUUACCUCCUCAUGCGUGUUUCAGUGGCAGCUCGUGGUUUUUUUGUGGUGCCUAUCCCAGAGUUGACAUGUAAAGUUAUAAAACAGUGGCAGAAAUGGCCCGUUGUUUAAACCAGAGUUAGGUUUCCUCACACUGCUCAGUGGCGGGAGAAUCCACCGUCUCCGGAUCAAAGAUUGUCUAUUAAGAAGAGUAACUCCAGCAGUACCUGCCAAGCAGAGCUAAAUAAAAAAGGGAUGACCGCUUGCAUGUGAGUUUUGUGUGAAUUGCGGCUUCUGGCCAGAAGUCAACAACAAUUAAACACAGAAAUAAGUGAAUGAAAUAGUGGUCACUGAUAUUAACUAGGCUAAACUUAAUUUUCUUCAUAAAUUGGCUCAAUUUUGAUCAAAAACAAGGCCCUAUUAAAAUCUGUUGAUUUUAUUUGAUCUAUUUAUCUAUCAUAGCUAUCAAUAGGAUUAACAGUUCCAUGUUGAUGUGAUAAUUGAAUGCAGAAAAUACAAGUUUAGCUUUUGUUUUAUUUCGGAUAAAGUGAGCCGAUAUCGCAGCAGUGACAGAGUCACAGAGUGAGAGCUCUUCUUUUUCCUGAAAAUCUUUGACUGUUUCUUUGUUCGUAUUUUCUUUUAAUAAACUUACGGAGUAACACUCAAGACACGACGUUUUCGUUUCGGGAAUAAGAUUUAUUACAAGUUACUCUACAUACAGACACAAGGUUGGUGACAAUAGAUAUCUGCUAAGUUAAUAAAAUGUUCGGUUUUGCUGUGCUAAUUAGCGAGCUAUGCUAGCUACAACUAGCUCCUAGCUUAUUUUUUAAAGCUAGGUUAGAGUCCGGUUGAGGCCAGCUAGGAAUUAAAUGAUAUUUGAGAAAUAUCUUAGAGUUUCAUUGAAGAUUAUGGUGGAUUUUAUUUUCCUUUACUCUUGGUGGAUGAUUUCUAUUAUGAUGACAGAGUUAAUUCGACCUCGUAAAUGUCAUUAAUAAUGUAUUUAAAUACACUGAAGACUGCAGUGACAAAAGCAUAAUGUUUUACUGUCUUUAUAACACCACAAGUGCCCAGAGCAUUUAGGUGAUAUGACACAGUAGGAGCCUGUUGGCAUUAAAGAUAGCGCCAAAAUCACAGAUAAUUAUGUUUAUUAUUCAUUAUAUGUCUGACUCGAGGCUCAAUUCAGAAGUUUGAUAUGUAUGAGAAUAUUUAACCAAAAGGAGCUAACUUGAAAGUGUGUGUGUGUGUGUGUGUAGGAUGAGUGCAGGAGCCCAUCAGUCCAUGUUCUUCCUCGGCCUCCCGGACCUGCAGAAGCUCUGCUGCAUCACUCUGACUCUGCAGGGGGAGGAAGAGGAGCCGAGGAGCAAACAGAUGAAGACCUGCAGGUGAUGACUAGAGCAGGAAACUACCACAGAGCUGACAAACGUCACAUAUUUUGACCCAUUCUCACACCAUACUUGACAUUUCUCACGCUUAUAUUUCUCCGUUCAAUUCUCUCUAUUUAAUUCUUUCAUGAUAAUAAACUUCUUGGCUCGCCGUAGUUUGAGUAACUCUGAUUGACUGACUGAGAUAACCAAUCCCAGACCAAUCCAUCAGUCCUUUGUUCAGAAUGUUGUGUUUAAGUUACCUCGGAGGUCAGAUGUGCGAGCUGAAAAUGACGUCACACCUGAGUUAACUAGCAUUUCAGCUACCAAGUCGGAAAAAAGGAGGCCUGAAACAAGAUGGCUACAUCUAUGAAAGUUAUUUCAUAGUUAUUAAAGCUUGCCUUGUCUCAAUAUAAUGCAAGUGCUAAAUUAACUUUCGUAGAUGUAGCCAUCUUGUUUUAGGCCUCCGAUUUGACUUUUUUUCUGACUUGACAACUGAAACGCUCGUAACUCGGGUGUGACGCCAUUUUCAGCUUCGAUGUCUGACUUCUGGGGUAGCUUGACUGCUAACCAACCAUGGAAGGCACCACGCGAUAUAAACCAAUCAGAAGCAACAUAAGGCGGGUCUUGGCGUCUCUAAAUGUCUUUCACACACACAACAGCACCGACAUUUAAAACCCAUUCAAAGUAAUACAAUAUUGACAAAUUAAUGUCUUUUGUCAAAAUUCUUGCUACAAUUUUUAUUUCUAAUUUCUGGUUCAUUAAGACGAGCAUCAGGGAGAGCAGCUGAAGGUAUUUUAUGCCGAACACAUCGUAACGCUAAAGUCUCACUCUCGUCAUUUUCUGAAACUUGGCAGCCCUGCUAUCACCUGUUACAUAACACCGGACUCGGGAUGAGGACAGCUGUGAGAAAAUGUGUCUCUGUCAAGAUUAAAAUUGUAGUAAAAUCACAGUAGUAGUGAUUACUGGCAUGAUGCUGUUUUGAGGGGGAAUACUUCACAGUGGAGGGGCUGAAAAUGUGAGUCCAGCAUUUCAUCAGGGCUGUGGAGGCCAUGGUCAGAGCAGAGGCAGGACCUGGGAACCUUGCAACUUUUAAAAUAGAGCCAGUUGUGAUUGUGAGAAUGAUGCAUGUGAAGAGUGAAACCAGUGCAGCUGGAGUGGACCGGCUGGACCGGCUCUAAGUCUCUGCUCCAUAAAACUAGAAAUAAAAUGUCCUGAAAAACAGUUUCUGAAAUCACGAAAAGAGAGUGACGUUUUCUUCUCUGAGUUAAAGUUUCCUUUAAUGACAAAAGCCAAAGUUGUUGUGUCCAAAGUUUUCAUAUAUUUCAGGUGUGAGAGCUGCCGACAGGUUCGACCAGAUCUGGUGUAAUCCCCUCUGAACAUGAUCAGUCUUUGUUUGUCCCUGCUCUGUGUGAAGGACAGAGUAACAGGAUCUUGAACGCAGCAUUCCUGUGUUUGUGUCCUUCAGUAAACCCUGUUCAUGUGUGUUUGUUCACAGAGAGCUGGUCCUGCUGUACUCCGAUGUGUUGGCCUCCCCGGCUCUGGACUCCUUCACUGAGAUAACAGCAGUCAUGGCUGUGAGACACACACACACACACACACACACACACAUACCUUGGCUACAGGGUCGCUGUGGUACAGAGCAGCUCCGUGUGUUUGGAGUGAUUGGGGUGAGAAUUCGCACCUCUAAAUGAUCUCUGUCGGGAAAUGGUGGGUUGUUCCCUCUGGUUUGGGAGUGAGUCUUAAACUGACGUUCCAACCCUCACCUGUGGUCAUGAGCUGCGGUGUGUUAGGAAAGAGUCAGAUCCGGGGUCGUGCUCAGCUGUAGAGGUAAGGUCAGGAGCUCAGAGGAGAGCCGUCAUCCUUCACAUCAGAAAGUUUCAGCUGAUGUGGUUCAAGUAUUUGAUAAGGAUCCUCCUAAAUGUCCCCCCACUGGAGGUCUUACAGGAGGCCCUAGGGUAGACUCAGAGUUCAUCCCAUCAGGCUGAGAAAUGCCCCGAGACCCCCCAGGAGGAGCUGGAAAGUGUUGCUGCUGAGAGGGAGGUCUCGACUGCUCCUCCUGCUACGAGAUGAGAAAAUUAGAGGGGUGGACUGUGACCUCUGUCUGUCGGCUGAAGACCCCAGUAUCUUCUGCUCCACUAGCCUUUUUUGAAGGCUAGUGUUCCUGAUGCAUGAGUCCUGUGGAGUAAAUGUCUGUAUUUCUAACAUCCAUGAAUCAGCUCCCUCUCUUCUGCAGAAAUAGAUCGAACCCCAGGAGUCCCAUUAGCUGAAUUUGUCAUUUAUCAGAGAAACUUGUACAUUUUCCUCGAGGUUUAUGCUUGUAGUUAUACUCUCUGUUGUUUCAGCAUGAUGCUCACACACACACUGAACACACACACUGAACACACACUGGCUGCAUUAAUGACUCUGUCUCUGUAGAUGAAGAUCGGACAACUUCCUCUGCCGCAGGGCUCAGAGACGUGUUUGCGUGCCGACACUUCCCAAGCAGAGACACGCUGCCAAAACAUAGCUGCUCUAGAUUCCAAACAUUCCCCGUGUGUCUGCGCGCACACACACACAUACACACACACACACACGCAGAGGAGGUCCCACUGACAGCUCCAUGACAUAAAAAUGCCUCCUUCUCACGCUGCUCUCAUUAACUGGAUGAAAUCAUGUGAUUUAUGUCAUUUCACUUCAUCCUGUCAGACCUGAGCGUUAACGUCCCUCAGCAGGUUAAAUAGAGAUAUCUCUAAAGUUAUUUUAUAAACUUAUUUUAAACUAGUUUUAUGUUUUCUUGAUUUUUAAUGAAUUUACAGGAAAAAACACAUUUGUUAUAAUUUUACAAUUCACACACACCUAUUUUCAGUCGUUAAUGUGAGUGAAACGCUCGAACUGUGGAGCUCUGUCUAAGGUGGACACUCAGAGCGUCUCUCAGAACAAAAGACUGAAGAGGUUCAGGACUCUGUGAGAGACUGCGUGAGCGAAGAGUUCAACAGUUUCAGGAUAAAGUUCCUGAGUGGAUUUCAUCGUCUACAGAACAUCAGAUCAUUCAAGGAGGAUCUGGAGAAAUCUCUGUUCUAAAGGGGGACAAGGACCAGAACCAGGACUGGAUGGUCCUGAUCUUCAGGGCAUUAAAAACAGACAGGACUCUGGAGUGGAAAUCACUGCAUGGACUCAGAAUCACUUCAGAAACCAUCGACUGUGAACUCAGUUCAUCACUGCAGCUACUAAUGAGGUUCAAACUGGACCAUGAAGAACCAGGAUCCAGACAUGGUGUCAGAGUGGAGACUGUCCUCAAGUUUAUCUUUGAAGCUGCUGUCUGAGGAGGAGCGGAUCCACACAGGAGAACAAAAUCCAGAAUCCCUGAUGGUCUGGAGAUGGAGGUUCUGGAGGAGAGGGACCGUCCAGGUUCUUAUAGAGACAGCCUGAGUUCUCUUGAGUUCACCACAGUUUAUGAAGUUCUGACAUGUGAGGUCUUUCAGAUAAUAUCCUCCUUUUAUAUUCGUUUUCAUGUUUUUGUCUUUCUUUCUUCUGUAGAUCUCGUUUUUCCAAAAAGGUUUCCUGCAGAUGUUUGGAAGGAGAUGCUGGCUGCAGGUGAGAGAAGAUGGUGAACGCUCAGAGUUUUUGCCUCUUUCUUAAUAAACUUUAUCACAGGUUUUCAGAUAUGUCAGUCGUCUUUCAGCUGAUGAGUGUGUGUGUGUGUGUGUGUGUGUGUGUGUGUGUGUGUGUGUGUGUGUGUGUGUGUGUGUGUGUGUAGGUGAGCCCUCCUCAGUGUGUGUUUCCAGGGACCCUCCAGGCCUGUCUGUCCUUCUCUCUGGUCACCAGACUGACUCCCAGCUUGAAUAAAGCCGGACUCUUCCUCAUCUCUGGUACGUCUGUGUGCUCUUUUAGUCUAUAGGAGGAGGAUGAUGCUCACGGAGUGUUCAAGGUUGGCUCAGUAAAGAAACGGUUUGAAAACAAUAAAGAAAAUGUUCUCAGUAAUGCUGCUAAAGAUUUAUAUAAUAAUCUUUGAUAAGGGCUCAUUAAAUGUUGAAUUUGAACCCGUCUUUAAAGGUUCAUUUGGUCCGACUGUGAAUGAAGCUCAACGUUUAUUUUAACUCCUCGACUUUUCCUCUUUUUCACUCUGACAUACAGUGUUUCCACGAGAAACUUCCUGCAGCUUUCCUCCACAGGUUUCAAACCGUGUCGGGUCAAAAACAAAAACACACUCUGGUCUGAUGACAGGAAACGUUCAACUCCAGAUUCACGUAUUUUACCCUCAGACCAAAUUUAGACAAAGAAACCUGCAGCUUCGAAGCUCUGAGACUCUGUGAUCAUCGUCCACUGUUGGUCGAUUAUUAACAGACGGUCAGAGUGUGUGUCUGUGUCUGUGUGUGUGUGGUUAGUGGGGGUUAAAAAGUGUCAGCUUAGUGUUGCAACACUAUCAAACCUUUACCUUGGACCCAGUCAGGCAUAAAAUAAACAUGUGUGUUUGUGUGUGUACGUGUGUACGUGUGUGUUUGUGUUUGUGUGUGUGUGUGUGUGUGUGUGUGUUUGUGUGUGGUAAGUGCUGCACCAAAUCUAAACGAACAUGAGUGUCUAAACUAAAGAAAUAAAAUUAAUAAUGUGAAAAAAGUGUUGUCUUAUUCUGUCUUUAUUAUUAUUAUUAUUAUUUUUAUUAUUAUUAUUGUUAUAAUUAGAAUAAUAAUAAUUAUAUUUAUUAUUAUUAUUAUUAUUAUUAUUAUUAGUAGUAGUAUUUUUAUUGUGACGUGUGCCGCCGACCUCGACCUCUCGGUCAGGUCCCCCUUGUAAAAGAGAUCUGGAUUUCAGUGGGAGUAAAUAUGAGGCAGCAGGUCCCUCUCAGCUGUGUUGUGUGUUCUUUGUGUUAAUUUGUUCUUCUGUCACAUUAAAUCACUCAUUAAACUUUUGAAGGUGUUUUUGUGACUUUAAUGGUCAAAAUGUGAGGAUAUUUGUUUGCCCCACAGGUAAAGACUUCCUGACCGAGGGAGGACGGCUCGACGCUGUCAGUAAGUUUAUCUGCUCCUCUGCUUAUCUUCAACGUUUUAUCGCUCCACUUUGAACCAGAUCACAGGUUAAUAUCAGAGGAUCUGAUGGUGUGAAAGGUGGAGAGGAUUUUAUUAUUAAACAGGAUGUGGCACAACGGUGAAAGCUGCCAAAGCAUUUGAAUAAAUGUAUUAUUUAGUUGUGUGAAUUCAUUCAGGUGUUUUUAUUGUGCAUUACAGAGAACUGUGAAAAAAACCUUUGACAUCAUGUGGUUUCAUUUUAAAUGUUUUUUUUUACCUGUUUUUAUUUAUUUACUCUUGAUGUUUUUUUUUACUUCUGCAGUGUUUGUUCUUUAAUUUGACUGUGCAGCUCUUUGGUAAACUUGAAUGUUUUUUUAAAACAUACUGUAUAAAUGAAGCGGAUUGGAUCGGUUCAAACUUUUAAUCGAACAGAAGGAGGUUUGCAAAACUGCAUCAAGAAGCUUCAAAAACACACCAGAGAUAAUCUGAAACUCAAACUGAUGAAUAACAUGCACAAAAACCCACCGGUGUCCGCUAACGUGUGUUUUUGUUGUUUUUGUGUGUCAGGAAUGGAGCUGAGCACCACUGAGGGACAGCUGUGCAUCAGCGUCGAGGCGAACACAGUCAGACUUCCUCUGACCACCGUGAGCGACCUCAAACCGUUUAUUUAACCUCCACAUGAACGUGUCGAUCUGCGUCUCUGAAUUUGUGUUGAGCUGCAGAGAAUAGAAGUAAAGCUAACAGAGCGGGUGUGAACAGAGAGCCGCAGACAUUUUCUGUAAGGGUUUGACCUCUGAGUCGUCUCAUGACUGUGUAAGAAGUAACACCCCAGCGCUCUGUCGGUGUAAACACAGAUAAACUAAGAGUUUAAGGCAGACUGGAGCAGAGACAGGAUCAGCUGAUCUUUAGAUGUCCCAGACUAAAGAGAAAAACCAGUGUAACGAGGAAAUAUUAAUUUAAAUAUGGAUAAAUAUUCAUUUCUUUAGCAUUUCUGCUGUUCUGAGUCUAGACUAAAAUCACUUCACUCCCACUGUGAACAUGACCAAAGAUUCAAUCAGACUCCAGAGUUUGUUUGUUUUACCUCUCUGACUUCCUGUCAGUCAAACCCUCGCUCGUUAGAGGGUCUGAAUUCAAUCAGCAGUAAAUCAGGAUUUAACGAGUGAACUCUCAUCAGGGGUUGGUCUUUUGCAGCUGGAGGACUUCGACCUCUCCCCGUUAGUGCUGAGGAGGUUCUGCUGUGAUCCUGACGCCGUCCUCGACCCCUCCUCUACGGGAGGAGCCAUCUGGUGUCACGUCCUGCCCAGGUAUGACAGCACCACCUGCUGGACACUAACAACAGAAAGAUGAGAGAGCAAGUUCAGAUCAGAUCUGUGCACACGAAUGUUCUCCUGUCUUCACUUCACCGCCCCGCCUACAUUAAAGAUGAAAUCCGUCCUCGUGUCCUUCCUCUCACCGACUCCAUCCUUCUGCCACAUUAGACUCAAACCUCACGCUCUUCUCUGGAUAUCUGACAUUUCUGAUCAAAUAUUGAAGCAGCGCGUGGAGAGCGAGGAGAAUUUCAAACACCUAAACCUCGGUCUGUGUUUCUGUCUCUCUUCUGCUCGGCCUCUGAGCUGAACAAACUGACGAGAACCUCCUCUAACAGUUCUCCUAAAUAAACAUCUCAGCUGUUUCAGACACUCAGGGGUUAAAAAAGGGGACAGGAGAGUUUUUAUGAAUCUUUAGUUCAGAGGAAUGAGAGGCUGCUGUUGUACUGAGUAUGAGCAGCAGGGGGAGCUGCAGCUCUCUGUAAACACGCCUGAUUCAGCUGUGUGUGUGUGUGUCUGUGUGUGUGUGUGUGUUUAGCAUGAAGAAAGGUCAGAUCAUCACUAUCAGUCGCCAGCUGCCAAAAGACGGACCAUUCAGGACCUACAGAGACCUGCAGAACCACUGGAAUCACCUGGUACACACACGCACACACACACACACACACACACACACACACACACACACACACACACACACACUCUGGGUCUCUGGGUCUCUGAGUGUUACCUGACUGCACCAGGUGAGCUGUUUGUUGAGGAGGAUGCAGUAACUCUAAGACGGUGCAGAGUGACAUCAGCUGACUUUAAAAACGGCGAGAUAAGAAGGUUCAUGUUUAAGAUGGUGGAUUUAAUAAAAGCAGAACCAGAGCGACUCUCUCUGUUGAUUACAGUGAUGUGUUAUACAUGAAGGACACAGGCUGGAUCAUGGGAAUCACGGCGCUCUGAGGUUUAUUACAAACUGUGGAGCUCGAACUCAUCAUUGUGUCCUAGACAGUAAAAUGGUCAUCUUUACAUUAUUAGUACGUGUUGAUUUAUACGGCUGUUCUUCAGAUGACUCCAUUAUUUAUCAUCUCUUUUAAUCUUGAAUAAUAGGACCUACAGUCUCCGGACUUUUAUCAUUUUUCUGUUCCUGAGCUCAGAACAAAAAUGAGGAAGAAAGUUUUUAGAUUUUCUGCUCCAAGUAAAAAUCAGACCUGAAACUCCAAAGUCUCUCUGAAUGUUUUCAAACCCGUGAUCAAACCCUUUACAUCCAGGCUGCAGGAGUGAAAAUGUUUGUUUGUCAAUUAUUUUAUCUUAUUUUGAAAAUUCAAUUAUUCUUUGUAUUCUUUGUUUUCUAUAUGAUUAAUGUGAUCAUGUAUUGAAACUGUAUGUGCUGACAUUCUUGGCCAGGUUUCUCUUGCAAAAAAGAUCUUGGAUCUCAAUGGGACAAACCUGGUUAAAUAAAGGUUAUACUAAUAAUAACAAUAAUAAUCUCUGAAAAGACCUCGGUCUGCAGAUCAUCAUCAGGCUGCAGGACGUCAAUCAAAGAGGGCGGGAUGAUAGAGAUCACCUCAUGGAGGAUCUUUUAUGAAACAAACACGACUGUGAGGAUUUAUAAUUUAUCCUCUGAGUUUAAUAAUAAAUUAAUAAUUAAUUUAAAACAGGAUUAUUUUAGAGACAGAAGGACUUCAUGGAGAGAGAGGAGGUUCAAACCAACGCAGGAGAACUGAGUUUGAAUCAAGUUAGUGAUGUGAAACAUGGACUGUGUGUGUGUGUGUGUGUGUGUGUCUGUGUCUGUGUCUGUGUCUGUGUCUGUGUGUGUGUGUGUGUGUGUGUGUGUGUGUGUGUGUGUGUGUGUGUCUGUGUCUGUGUCUGUGUCUGUGUCUGUGUGUGUGUGUGUGUGUGUGUGUGUGUGUGUGUCAUGCAGUACGGUUACAGACUCCCGGAUCUUGCAGAAGAAGAGGUGGUGUACUGCAGCGUUUACUUCAGACUGGUGGGAGACCGACUCUUCACGUAUCCUUCAGCUCUGAUAAUCUGACUGUUAAUCUGUAAUAAUCCAGGUCAGUGUGAGUUUGUGAGUCCAGAGUGACAGAAAGUGUUGACAGCACAGAUCUUAGCGGGUCGGUGUGUCUGACGUUAAGGUGAGGAUGUGUUUCCUGUCUCCUCCUUCAGACGAACCUUUCUCUCUCUUUGUUUUGAGUUCGUACCCGUUUAUCAAACAUGGAUGUUGUUGCUUUAACCUCCACCCUGAGCAGUUACCCUCUGAGCUGUAUCCGCCUGCAGCCUGUGCAGCGUCUCCCCCGCGUCGACCUGCAGGGGGCGCUGGGCUGCUUCCUGUCAGACAUCAGGGACCGUCUGCAGAGCGUGUGCGGCUUCCCUGCUCAGCUGACCGGUAAACCCUGUUACCGCAGCGUGGGUCUGCACGCCGCCGCCACAGUGCAGGUACACACUCAGACUAAGGUGGAUGUUUUUUUGACCUUCUGUCUAAAAGGGGCGGAGUCACAGCAUUGAUUAGACUCACUCCCUCACAGUCCCUGAGAUUAAAGUCCAGAGUUCUGCUGAAGGUCUCAGGGAGCUCCUAAGAUCGGUCUGAAAACCGUCAGGACUGAUGUGGGCCAGUUUCUUCUCCCAGACCCGUUAGAGACCCCCGUCCUGUGAAAACCAGGUGGUCCAGUGACGACAUGAGUCUGAUUCAGAGUCACUGAGGGUGUCACACAAACACCUUCAGAGGUUCGAGUUGAAGGAGGAGGAACAAUUAUCGGAGCGUUUCCAUCCUGUAAAACCUUCAUGGGGAGUUUUAUGACCGCAGAGGUGUGACCCUGAGGAGGAGGAGGAGGAGGAGGAGGAGGAGGAGGAGAAGGAGGAGGAGGAGGAGUUUGGUGUAAAAUCAGAUUAAAAGAGGGGAUGUAAGAUCUGUGUGUCGGAGCACCUGUGAUCCUCCUCCAGAAGAUGAGACUAUAAACUGUGAGGUGAUCCUGAGCUCUUCUUACUCUCAGCUCGCUGAAACUAAAGUCAGAGAAACUCACGUCCCUAAAGAUCGAUUCAGCGCCUGCAGAGUCCGGCUGAAAUAUUUAUCAUCUUCUGCAGAGUUCAGGAGUUUGUCAGAGUUUUAGAUUAUUGUGGAAGUUUAAAGUUCAACGUCAGAAUCAGAGAGUCUGAGGAGGAAAACGGAGAGUGAAAUCCAGCCAAUCAGAAGAGGGGUUCAGGAGUUAUCUCAGGUCUCCUGUUGGAGGUCUUCAGGAACCUCAGACUGGUUCCUCAGGGGGGUUUGUGAAACCAGGGUUUGAUGUUUGGACUGGAGACCAUGGAGACGGUCUGUGAUCAUCAGAUCUUCUUCUGUUUCUCCUCCAGAUGCUGAGCGGAGAUCAGAUCAACCUCACCUCCACCUGCUCCAUCAGGCAGGUCCUCACCCAGCUCCCUCCUCCUCCUCACCCCCGACCGGUGCAGACCAGGUUUGGGUCACAGUCUUCAGCCUGGACGCCUCUCUCCCAGCAGGAUGGAGUGCAAAGGAUUCUGGGAAAUGGAUUCAAAGGCAGACUGACACAAAGUCAAAGCUGUCAAAGAGAUGAAGUUUGGCCCUCCUUCUCCUCCUCCUCCUCCUCCUCCUCCUGCACACUUGUCUCUUCUUCUCCUUUCUCCUCAGUUUUCCAGCCGGCUUCCUCUCUGUCCUUCUCCUCCUCCUCCUCCUUCACUCUUCCUCCCCCUCUUCCUCCACCUCCCAAGCUGGUUCCCAUCUUCAGGAACAAGUGUCCGUCUCGCCAUGUCAACGUGGCCGUCCUGCGCGCCCAAAAGCAGAGGGAGCAGCUGAUUGGAGGAGAGAGAGAGAAGAGGAGGGUGUCGUUUUCUGUGGUUCACAAACAGACGCCGACGCCAACGACGCCAACCUCCACCACCUCCUCGUCUUCCUCAGUUUCUGCUGCUCCUCACCCUCCGACCGUUCCUCACUUCGACCCUCGUCCAAAACCUCAAAGCAGCUCUUUCCCGGGUCACCAAAAACUCAAACAGCUCUUCUCCUUCAGCCCUGCGUCCAAGUCUAAACCUGCACCUGCUCCCAGUCCAGGUCCAGAGAUCCAGUCUGAACCAGAGUCCAGCUACAAAACCAGCAUGAGGGCGAGCUUUGGAGGAAACCUGCAGGAAGAAGCAACAAAAGCAGCUGAAGAUCCUGCAGAAAACUGUGAAGGUCACACAGACGUGAGUCCAGAUCCUCUGAUCCUUUAUGGUCUUUAAAGUCCUCCUCCUCCCUCUCUGUGUCUGGAUCUUCUCCUCCGUCCAGCAGCAGACCUUCAGGUUGGAGAUCCCACUCUUCUUCUCAUGUCUUUGUUUCAGGGAGCGGGGUUCGAGUCGACCAUGAAGAAGAAAUCCAAAUCUGUGAGGCGAGUUGCUGACGUGGAGAAAAUGGCGAGAAGCGGUCAGGUACUCUCACCUCCUCUUUGUCUGUUUGUGAUGAAACUGGAGAGUUGAGAGGAGCAGAACUUAUCCUUCCAGGACGUCCAGACCUCGACCAGGGUCCAGGUGGUCCACAAAGCCCCAUAUUUAUAUUUAUUUAUUUAUCACAGAUUAAAAACAGUGAAGCCGAUAGAGUUCCACUCCUGUCAGGGCAGUAAAGACGGAGGAGGCUGCAAACAAACACAGUGAGGAAAGGUCAAAACAUGAACAAACUGUCAUGAAGAGAACAGAGACGAACCAUCGAUCAGAGAGAGAGAAAUGAUAAGAACACAUAAGAAGAAACAUGAUCAUAACAGAGACUGACGUGUUUCAGAUUUUAAUGAUAUUUUUCAGGAUUUGAAGGAUAAUAUUGAUUUUAGAGAAACAUCCAGAUCAUUCCAGAGUCUCAGUCCUCUAAAGUGAAGUUAGACUGAUGAGAAGAAGUUCGACUUGAAGUUUCAGAGAGUGUCAGGAAGGUUUGGUUUCUUAUUGAUGAACUUACGGACAAACAAACAAACGAGAGUGAAAGACGUCGAGUUUGUCAAUCAGUCAGACUGAGUAUUUAGAAAAGAGAGGAGCAGAAGGUUCAUGUCUGCUGGAUCGAGAUUAAGAAUCUUUUCCAGAUUAAUAAUUUCUCGAGGUCAGUUUGAUCCGUUUCACGUCUUAAACACAUCAGACAGGCUGUUUACACGGAUCAGAAUAAAGAGAGUUUUAUCGGUGAUAUCAGAGACCCUCUGAUCUGCCGUCGUGGCUGUGGUGGUCCGGUUUAUGAUAAUAAGGAGUAAAGAAAAGAGAGGCCCGGCGCUCAGACUCUAAGUGAUGAAUCUGCAGCGCGUCCACUCGUAAACACGCUGGAAGAGGACGCCACACAUUAGGGUGAUGUAUUAAAGCGUGUUAGUGUGAUGAACGGCGUGCACACGGCUCUCUCUCCUUACAAACAUCCGUCCUCCGGAGGGUGAGGAGGACUGUUAAAGUGAUGGAUGGUUCAGGAGGAGCUGCGAGCCCACAGGGAGCUCCCUGCAUUAAUAACAACAUUCAUCAGUUUUACAGCUUCAACCUGCAAGUUUUCCACCACCAUAUAUCAGACGCUUUUCCUCUGGACUUUUAUUUACACAGCCUCUCCACCGGACGCUUUCUUCUUUUUACAGAUACGCUUUAUUUUUAUCCUGGAGAACAACCAGAACACAGACGACGACGACACGGCCCAGAGUCAGACGGGCCGUAAACACGUCAUCUCUUAAAGUCAUGUAUCUGUAAUCAGCUGAUUGAUUCCUGUCAGAUUAACCUGUCAGUCGGUGUUCCUGCUCAGACCAGAGCUGCACAGUCAGUCAUUAAACCGCCGUCCGCCAAUUCCUACCAGAUCCGCUUGUGAGACAAACUUCAUGGCGGAUUACAGACAGCGGUAAUCACGAGAACUCACAAGAACCUGCAGAUUCACGUUCAGUCGCACGAUAACGAGUUGUCUCUCUAAAGACAGACACAUAGACAUAUAAGCAGUAGAUUGUGUCCUUCCAGAGGAGGAAAUCUACUUCUAGACUUCUAGAAUCAGCAUCUCCUCAUCCAUGGUGUCAUCGGGGUGAAAUGACGUCUAAAAACACGUUAACUUGAAUGGUUAUGAUCAGCUACGAUCGGAGGUUACGACCUUUUCGUAGACGUUCAGGAUGAAGGUGGAGAUUAGGGGGUUAGAGUUUGACCCAUGUCCCAUCUGUUUACAUGGAGGGGGGCGGGCUCACAUGUACGUUUGUUUGUCCGUCACGAUCUCUGACUUUGUGUUUCUGUUUUUACUCUCCAGCUGUCCAAGCUGAGCUCCGCCUCUCUGCUCACCUGGUUGAAGGCGCGAGGAGCGACCGUCAGCGCCAAACACAAGAAGGAGGAGCUGAUGCUGAAGGUCAUGAGCUGCCUGGCUGAGUCCUGAGACACACACUCACCCGAAGCUACGUCACCUCCUUCCUUUGGAGGAGUCGUGCUGUGCUCAGCUCUUCAUUUAAGGGUUUGAUGUGAAAUCUGGUCGUCUGAUCGGAUCUGAGAAGAUGUAACAGAGGAGAGCUUUUCAUCCCAGAUAAUUGAGGCGUUAAAGAUGAAGUCACUGCGGGUCUUUAGUGACAGUUUGACGCAGACGUUUUCAGGUAUCUGAGGUUAGUUUGAGCAGAUAGUUGAGGCUGUUAUUUCCAUGUUUUUGUUCUGCUUUAGUUUAUCGCAGACGAGUUUCCUUCUUUGCGUCUCUUAAACAGGACGGGUUCGAUGUUCUCCUGUUUCUCUUUCUACAAAGACUCAAACACAGUUUUAAAGGGAACUUACGAUGUUUUCUCCUGUGGCUGUUUUUGUCCGUGUUGUGGCAGCAGGCGAACAGGCUGUCAGGACUGCAGCUUCGUCUUUGACGUGUGUCUGUGAAAAGUUCCUGUUUUUGUUCCUGACAGGUUCAGACUGUCGUUGUUAAAGUGUCAGAAACAUGAAGAUCCCUGCAGAGACAGAGACUGACCCUCUGACAGACCCGUCUCUGGAAGGUUUCAGGAGAUUGAAAAUCUGAAACUUUCCAGGAGGAUUUAAAAUAUUUGGAAGUGAUUUUCUCUCUCUAACCUCAGAUGUUGUUAUUCUUCCUUCUUCGUUUCACUUUGAUUGAUUAUCUGCCGUCGCCCACUGACUUCAUUUACCCAGAUGUUUCCUGUAGAGGUUGGUUUGGAAAACUCUGAGUAAAGACGGGUGAAAACUCAGGAUUUGUUUCUGUGCAGCUGUGAAUUCAGCUGAUGAUGCUGUUACAGACCUGCUUCUAAAGGCACCAAACUCCAUUCACAAAAACAGUCAUUUAGCCUCAAAGGAACAACGUUGUUUUCCACCUUUUUGAUUCUCUUUCUGAACCUGUCGGCUACAAAAACAGUCAGUUUGAGGAGAAAUCUGUUUCUCAGGAUGUUUUCCCCCUAAAUGAGAAGUUUGCAGUCUAACAGCCUGUUUCACUGCUGAGGGCUGAGACCAUCUAUUAAAGUAAUAUCAACACUAUUUAAGAUGAGAGCAUGAAAAGGAGGCCCGGGUUUAAAACCCUGACACUCACCUGUGGGCAGGUGCAGGAGUUUGAACGGGACAGGGUUCAGGUUUUCACACUGGUUUGUUUAAAAAGAGUUAAUUUAAAUGAGAAAAUGUUCUGUAUUAUUAUUAUUAUUAUUAUUGUUAUUGUUUGUUCAUGUAAACAGGAGUUCAGCAGCUGCUGCUCAGAUUUGUUCCAGAUUGUUGAAUUUUAUGUGUUAAAGCGAAG